AUGAAUCAAAUAUCAUUUGUUCUUCAGUCAAACAUGAAAGAGUCACUCAAAAUGAUUAAAUUAUUUAAAGAAGAAGGUAAAACCAUAACAGCAUGGGAUGUACUACUAAAUCAAUUGUCUUCAUUAACCGUUAAGGGUGUUUGCUUUAAAUCUGAUUCCCCAGAUGUUUUCUCAACGUUUCAAGGUUAUAAAUACAACGUUCUCGAAAAACCAGAUUACUCAAAAAUUGAGAUGUUUAUGAAUUUCAUUAAAGAAGCCAUUUGUGAUAAUAACGAUGAAGUGUAUAAAUACCUUCUCGGCUGGAUUGCAUCAAUGAUUCAACAUCCUGGAAUCAAGAAUGAAACAGCAAUUAUUUUGAAAGGACUUCAGGGAACAGGUAAAAACAGAUUUACAGACAUUAUUUCUGAACUCCUCGCUGGUUAUUCAUGUAAAAACAUUACCGAAAUAAGUGAGCUAACGGGUAAUUUCAACUCAGUUGUUGAAAAUAAAAUGUUUCUUGUACUUAAUGAACUCAAGAAUGUGGGUGAAGACAGACUCGCAAACUUCAACGCUUUGAAAUCAAUUAUUACGGAUAAUGAGAUUAGAAUUAAUGAAAAGAAUCAACCCAGAAGAACAGCUCAGAACGUUGCAAACUUCAUUUUCGUAACUAAUAACGUUUACCCUGUCAAAAUUGAAGUUGGAGACAGAAGAUACGUAGUUUUAAGAGUUAAUGGUAAAUUCAAGGGUCAAUUUGAUUACUUCAAGAAUUUAAUGGAUUCAUGCACAAAGGAAUUUUAUGAUAAUUUACUGACGUAUUUUAUGCAAUAUGACCUUUCAUCAUUUAAUGUACGAAUCAUUCCGAUGACUGAAGCCAAACAAGAUUUAAUAGAAUUAUCAUCAAAU